AUGGCAGAACUAGCAUCGCUUUUACAAACAGAAAUCCCUGAGGGUCGAAAUCACCUCACGGACAGUCAUACAAAUCUUGAACGUGUUGCGGAAUAUUGCGAAGCCAACUAUUUUCAAUCUGAAAACAAACGCCUUGCACUAGAAAGUACUAAAAACUAUACGACUCAGUCACUGGCUAGUGUUGCUUAUCAAAUAAACACCCUUGCUUACAACUUCCUACAAUUGCUGGAAUUACAAACAAUGCAGUUAGCUGAGAUGGAAGGUCAAAUGAACCACAUUGCUCAAACAGUGGCUAUUCAUAAGGAGAAAGUGGCGCGAAGAGAAAUUGGUGUUCUUACAGCCAAUAAAGUGACUAACAGGCAAUAUAAAAUUAUUGCUCCAGCAAAUCCUGAAAAACCUAUUAAGUAUGUUCGCAAGAGCAUUGACUAUACAGCUCUAGACGACAUUGGACAUGGUGCACGCUGGAGCAGUGGUGUUAGUGGUACUCCUCGUGGGCGACGUUCAAGUUCUGUCCCAGGAGCUGCACCACUCCCUGCACCUACAACAAAACCACCAACACCACCCGCUGCAGUUCGAUCGGCCUCUGCAUCUAAUACUGGUACUUUAGGACGUGGCACUCUUGGCAAAUCAUCACGCGAGUACCGCACGCCCCCGGCCGUCGCUCCACCGCAGGUGCCCUCGCACUACGCACCUAAUUAUCCGCGACGACCGCCUGGAUACUCUACUCUUCCUGUAGCACAACCACAGAUUGGCAUGGUACAUCCUAAUCAACACCAAUCCACUAAUUACUCGCAGCAAGACCUCCAUGCCAGCAUGCCUCCUCCACCAUCACCAUUGAUUGGAUCUGACGGUGAACAUAGUCAGCAUUCUAUGAGCCUUCCUGGUCAUCGCGCGUCUUCCUCAUCUGGUGGAGGGGGUUCAGUUCGUGGCGGAUCCGUGUCUCCUCCCCUGCCACCUCCGCCUAUGGACGAUGAGCUUGUUCACGACGCCUUCGGGAGACCACAGCAUAUGCACAAUAAGAUGGGAAGCGCUUACAGCGGAGCAGUACCUGCUAUUGUGCCUGAUGAAGAGGAUUUGCCUGGUUGGGUUCCUAAGAACUACAUAGAGAAAGUUGUCGCCAUCUACGACUACUACGCGGACAAGGAAGACGAGCUAUCGUUCCAAGAGAGCUCUGUCAUCUACGUGUUGAAGAAGAACGACGACGGCUGGUGGGAAGGUGUCAUGGACGGGGUCACGGGACUGUUCCCAGGAAACUAUGUUGAGCCAUGCGUCUAG